AUGGCGCAGGUGACGCUGGGUUGUGGCCAGCAGUCGAUUUCGCGACUGAAGUAUGCUCCUUUAUCGUGCUUAGUAACACUUAAGGCCUUUGAGAAGGGAUUAUUGAAUGUUCUCACCUCGGCUGUGGGAUUUAUGGAGGGUUAUGAUUCGGAAGACCUUACACCUUUGCUCGGAUUAACGAAUGACGAUGCGCCACGAACUCUUGCUUUUGUUCCAUACCGCGCGGGUACCGAGAAGGAAGGCAAUGCAUCGUAUUUGCUUUCCGUCAAGCCUCCUGAUAUUCAGAGUAGUAAAAAGCCGACCUCUUCUACUUUUUCACACGCUACAAGGGUCUCUGAUACUAAAAUUCAAUUCCCAAUUAGUUGCAUGGAUUCUUCUGCUUGCUUUUAUAAUAUUGGCAAUUUCUCUAAUGAUUUUUUUUUAAAGGAGGAAUUGGCCUACGGUGUUCUUAACUCCACAAAUUCGUAUCAUGUGGCAAUAAAGGUAAUAACUCUCUUGUUGGCGAGCGGAGUUCAUGUUCCAAGGAAAAUUAUUUUAGAUCUUUGCGAUCGUUUGGCGGUGGAGGAUCCUGAGGCUGCAUGGACGAUAGCUUCGCUUCUUGAAGCAGAGCUUUCUCUUUCCGAGUACAUGCUUUCGCUGGGCAUUAAUUUACCUGGGAGAAGAAGUCCAUCGUUUAGCGAGGUAAAAAAUUUUAUUGGCAACUUUAGUCUUAACAACAAAACGGAGCAGUCGGUGCAUCAAAAAGAGUUCAAGAAUUCGAGAUUAAGUCGACUGCAGAGUGUGCGGCUGAAAAGAGGGUAA